AUGGAGGUGCUCGACUUUUACCAGCACAAUGAUACCAAGCACGCCGUCAUGAUUGCCAACAUUGAUGGUCGGGCCAGUUACCGUCACAUCCUCAGCAUUUUUUCAAAAUUUGGCUACAUUACACAUCUACACGUGGACAGCCACAAGCAAAUGGCAUUUGUCACCUAUCUCCUGGCACAUAAUGCGGGAAGAGCAGUCGUUGAAGCUGCUCGCAAGCCGAUUCGAUUAGGAGAGCGUCGCCUUGUGGUGAAGCCAUCUGUGCGCCAUUCUGACCCAAAUGAGGCAUGCAACCAUACCGUGUUCGCAAUGUCUCUGUGCCCGCCUCGCUCUCUCUCUCUCUCUCUCUCUCUCUCUCUCUCUCUCUCUCUCUCUCUCUCUCUCUCUCUCUCUCUCUCUCUCUCUCUCUCUCUCUCUCUCUCUCUCUCUCUCUCUCUCUCUCUCUCUCUCUCUCUCUCUCUCUCUCUCUCUCUCUCUCUCUCUCUCCGGCUGUUUGCUGUCAUACACACGGUCACUUCCCAUUCGACAACCAAGGAUGUUACGGCUUUUUUUGCGGCCUGCUCUGACAAUGCAACAAUCGCUCACAAGUUGUUACCCGCCAGUGAAAUCACCAAACCUGCGAUUUUUCGACGCAUGGCCUGGAAUUUGGCAAUGCGGGAUGUCUUUGAUCAACUCCGAAUCGUAUACCUACCCGACCACCGUGGUUUUCAGCCUCUGAUCGUGCCUCGACAACACUCCGCGAUACCAUACCUACCAGAAGAAGAACUUAAGGAUAUCUUUACGGACGAAAUCGACCUUCUCGACCCCAAGACCGAGGCUGCCCUGCUACACGAGGAAGCUGCCGUUUUUGCCGAGUACCACGACGCACUGGAGGCCGACGAGCAUGAAGAGGCAGCGUGA